AUGGCCAGGAGUAAUAAUAUCAAUAGGCAAUCUAAAUCCAAAAACAAGAAACCGAAAAGACUAAGAAAGUCUUCAUUCAAUAAAAUUACAAAAAGUUUUCAAGUCUUCAACAAUGAUAGUGAUCAUUACAACAAAUACGAAAAUCUAACUCUGGAUGUAAGUGAUUCCGAAGAUACAAGUACUCUGCCAAUUUUAUCAUCCAAUAACAGUAGUAGCGCUACAUUGAGUAACGAAAUUCCUAGCGUCGAUGUGUUUUCAUCUGACAACGAGGAUGUUGCAUACGAAAUGAAUUCAAAGGAUGCAAUGAAAAAUCAUUUAGAACUUAAUACAGACUUUAUACCAUUUUCAGAUGAUUCAGAAGAAGAAGAGGAGGACGACUUAAUUGUAGAAAAUACCAACGUGGAAGAAGAGGCAGAAAUAUACGGAAAUGAGCGAUCUUUGAAUAACGAUUAUCCUUGGCUUUUAAAUCAUGACCAUUCAAAACAACGAGAUAUUAUUGAGUGGCUAACUUUGGAAAUAAAGGACUUUGUGGCAUAUAUAUCUCCUAGUCGUGAAGAAAUCAAGCUACGAAACAAAGCAGUGUCGAAGCUGGGCAGGGCUAUAAAAGAAUUGUGGUCUGAUUCAGAACUACUUGUCUUCGGCUCCUAUGCCACAGAUUUAUAUCUUCCUGGAUCUGAUAUUGAUUGUGUCGUUAAUAGUGCCUCUGGUAAUAAGGAACACAGGAGCUAUUUGUAUGAAUUGGCCAGAUUUCUGAAGAAGAAAAAUUUAGCCACCAGCAUAGAAGUUAUCGCGAGAGCAAGGGUCCCAAUUAUUAAAUUUAUAGAACCUGAAUCGGGAGUACAUAUUGAUAUUUCAUUCGAAAGGACAAAUGGUGUGGAAGCAGCGAAACUUAUAAGAGAAUGGCUAGAUAUGACACCUGGUUUACGAGAACUUGUCUUGAUCGUAAAACAAUUUUUGACUGCACGAAGGUUAAAUGACGUCCAUACUGGUGGUUUAGGUGGUUUCAGUAUCAUUUGUCUGGUUUAUUCUUUUUUACAUUUACAUCCAAAGUUGAGAACUGAUGAGAUUGAUCCAUUAGAGAAUUUGGGUGUCUUACUCAUAGAUUUUUUUGAACUUUAUGGUAAAAACUUUGCAUAUGAUGAGGUUGCAUUGAGCUUUAUAAGUGGAUAUCCGAGUUACAUGCCAAAAUCAAAUUGGGGAUCGCUUCCACCAAGUAGAAGCUCCUUUACUUUAGCGAUCCAGGAUCCUGGUGAUGCAUCGAAUAACCUUAGUAGGGGUUCAUUUAAUGUAAGAGAUAUCAAGAAAUCGUUUUCUGGAGCAUUUGAACUCUUGACGAGUAAGUGCUUCGAGAUGGAUGCUUCUACAUUCAAAGACAGAGUUGGGAAAAGUAUACUAGGUAAUGUUAUCAAAUAUAAAGGUAAGCAAAGGGAUUUCAAAGAUGAAAGAGACCUAGUCGUAAACAGGGCAAUUAUAGAAAAUGAACUAUAUCACCGGAAGAGAAGCAGCUCAUACUUUGAUGACGACCUAUUUUUGGAUCCUAGUGCCGAUGAGGCGCUUGUAGGACAGCAGGACGAACUAGAACUUUACAGUUUAGAUCAGCCAGUCAAGAAGAAAGUAAAGAAGAGCACUAAAACUUUGAGAAAGCUCAAAAAGAUAAAACAAGAAGCUCAAAAGAAGGAAGAGAAACCCCAAAAAUCAAUCGAUUCAUUCAUGGGUUUAUCAGAUGAUGAAAAUAAUGGUGAUUCCGAUUCAAAGCCCAAACCACAACACAACACAAAAGAGGACAAGCGUGCACUUCAAACAAAGACAGUGGACGCACAGACUAGGCGCGACUACUGGCUCUCAAAGGGCCAAACCCUUGCCUCGCCUACCAUCCCCAAGAAGAGCACAUAG